CAGAGGCACUGGCAGCAGCGGUAGCAGAGGCAGGAGGUGGCUGGCACCUCAGCAAUAAAGGACGAGGACAAGAGGCCAAGGAAGCCGCUGCGCAGACCCUCCUGUGCCGCCAGGUAAAGGAGACCCCCUAGACCCCCACCUGAGGGGAGGCCCAUUGCUGCCCUUUCCACAGGCAGCUGGGGGCAGGCAGAGUCCAGGGACCUCUCUAGCCAGGGCUGACCCUUUAAGGAGAGCCUGCAGGAUCAGGCCAGGGGGCCCAGCCAAUUCCUGUUCUCACAGUGGCAGCCAGAUGCCUCUUGACCGAAAACCCCAGGAGCAAGGCUUCCCUCUUGUCUCACAGCCCCCAGAAACUGGUCUGGAGGAGAAUUUGCUGCCUCUGACUAUGGAGGCCAAACAAAGCCAUCUGGCUACGGGGGGGGGGGGGGGUAUCAGUGAGGACCCCCUUUUGCCCUGGGGGGGGGGGGUGAGAGCACCAGACCAAAAACAGGCCAGGGGGCCCUUUGACCACCUCUUCUUGGGGUCACAGACCCCUACCUAGAAUGGGGAGCCCUUUGCCCAUCUGGUGGCUCAACCCUGUUAAAUAUCAGCACUCUUUGGAGGGAAGGAAAUGACUUUUCCUGCCCAAGGGUUCUGUGGAAGCCAGAGGCUGGCCUGCUUCCUAUGCCAACAAGAAACGGUGUCAGGGAAGUUUCCGCAGCUUCCCUGCCAUGCGCAGCCUGGGCUGCUGGUUAGUGCGCCAGCCGCCACCCCCACCCCACCAAGGGCUGCGUGAGGCAGGCAGGAUCCUGGUCCUGGCACUGCCAGCCACUCCCUGGGGCUGCCCUUGAAGAAGAAGAACCGAGUCGCUUCCAAGCCUGUGCCAGGCAGGGCCCCGACUCCCCGCUCCCUGCCCGCCCUUGCCAGUCACCACAAGGGCAAGGCAGGGCCAAGGGCAGGAGAGGCAGCCAUGACUGGGAGGGAGGGAGGGAGGGUGCCAGGGGUGGCAUCAGGCCAGCCCCUCGGGGCCUUCCCCCUCCCUCACAAGGCCAGCCAGACCCAGGCUGAGAAAUAUGAGGGGUCUCUCACUCUCUUUAGGAGGCCACGCCCCAGCUGGGGAGCCCCACUUAAUCUGGGGGGCUUGGACCCAAGCAUCCAUCUGGGUUCAAGGGCCUUCCCGCCGCCCCCUGACUAGAGGCAUUCAGAGGUAGACUGCCUCUGGCCUUGGAAGCUCUCUUUAGCAAGUUUCCUAGGAACCCUAGUUUGUAAAGGGUGCUGGGAACUGUAGCUCUCUGCAGGGGGCAGUUGCCAGGGUUAUUUGGGCAGAGGGUGGGUGUGCCAGCAGUCCUCCCCCUUCACAGAUUUCAGCCCCUAAGCCAGAGGCUCACCCUCUGUUGCUGCAGGGGCUGAGGAAGGCUUGACGGCAGCCCUGGCCAACGCGGCGCCCUCUGAGCAUUUCAGACUACGACUCCCAACAGUCUGAGCCAUCGCAGCCGGAUGAUGCAGCGGCUGAUGGGAGCUGCCAGCCCAGAGCAUGUGAAGAGUGCCUGGUUGGCCAAGGCUGCCUUAGGACUUGGCCUCAAAGACUCCAAGGCGCCUUCUCCUUCCUUGGACCAGGGAUUCUCUGAGCAUGCGCAGUGGGUAGUGGCUGGCUGCUCUUCUCUGAUUCGCAAUGCAUUAGGACAGGCAUACGCAAACUCCAGCCCUCCUGGUGUUUUGAGACUGCAGUUCCCAUCAUCCCUGACCACUGGUCCUGUUAGCUAGGGAUGAUGGGAAUUGUAGUUCCAAAACAGCUGGAGGGCCGGAGUUUACCUAUGCCUGCAUUAGGAGCAGAAGCAGGCAUGGUUACCGGGACAGAGAUUGGGGUCCCGGGCCUCCCCCUUCCUAAAAAAGGAAAGUCUUUCUUUAUGCAGCACAUGGUUAGACUGUGGAACUCCCUCCCACAGGAGGCAAUGAUGGGAGAGAGCUAUUGGAUGGCUCCUAGCCCUGGUGACUCGGCUCUGCCUCCCCGUGGCUGGGAAUCGCAAGAGGGGAAGGGGCUCCUGUAAGGGACAUCUGGCAGGCAACUGGGGGGGGCAGGACUGAGGGGGGCUCUCCUUCCGUGGAGGCUUUGAGCCAGAGGCUGAACGGCGGCUCUCCUGACGCAGACACAUUGCAGACAGGGGUUAGACUAGAUGAGCCCAGGUCCCUUUCAGUGAUAGGCUGCUCGACGACAUGGGGCCUGGCCCCGAUCCAGCAGCCGGGGUCUUAAGAGAGGGCUCCCCUCUUGGCGGCCUCCCUGACCCGCGCCUCUCUCUCUCUCUCUCUCUCUCUCUCCCUCUGCAGACUCCCGUCCCGCCUGCGGAUGGCGCUCUUCUCGCAGUGCCUGGAGCCCACGGGCUUCCUGCAGUCGCUGCGCUCCCUGGCGCUGGGCGCGGCGUCGCUGCUGCGGGGCUCGGCCACCCCGGAGGAGGCGGCCUUCGUCCGCCGGGAGCUGGCGCUGCUGGAGCGCGACCUGGCCGCCGGGCCGGGGCUGGCGCUGGACGGCGCGGGCGAGCUGGGCGCCUGCGAGGACGGCGUGUCGGUCGCCUUCGAGCAGCUGGCUCUGGCGGCGCGCGCGUCCGGCACGGCGUCGGCGGCGCGCGAGGCCGAGCUCUUCGUGGCCGCGUGCGCGCGCGAGAAGCUGGAGCGGCGCCUGCUGGCCGCGUGGCGGCGCGUGCAGGGCUGCGGGGUGGCGGCGGCGCAGCGCCCGGUGCUGGAGCGCGCCGUCGAGGCGCACCGGCCGCGGAGGCCCCAGAUGGCGGGCGUGUGCCAGAAGCUGAACGCGCUGCUGGGCGCCGGGCUGCUGUGCCUGCUGUGCCAGGCGGGCCUCACCCAGCGCGACCCGGCGCUGCUGCUGGCCGUCUGGGAGGAGCGCGUGGGCGCCGCGCACCGGCGCAUGAAGGAGGCGCUGGCCGCCUGCGCCCGCUACUUCCCCGAGCAGGCGCGCGACGACGUCGAGCGGGCGCUGGCCGAGCUGCCCGCGGUGCCCCCCGGGCCGGCCCAGCUGGCAUCCAGCGUCCUGCGCAAGCUGGAGGAGAACUACGACUGGCUGCGCUGGGCGGUGAUGGCCUGGCAGGAGGGCGGCGGCGGCGACGGGGCGGGCGGCGAGGAGGAGGAGGUGCUGGCGCAGGGCAGCUUCGUGGCCGCCCGCGCCCCGGGGGGGCUGCACGUGGUGGCCUGCUAUGGGGAGAGCCCCGGCGCCCUCGACCGCGCCCGCACCCACCAGCUGAUCGGGGAGCUGGAGUGGAAGCUGCCCAACCCGCCCCCUGAGGUCUACGCCAGCCUGGAGGCCGAGCCCGCGCGAGCCGCCGGCUACCUGGCCCGCCGCCUGCUCCAGAAGCUGGCCGAGGGCCUGGGGCCCGGAGUCACCCUCCUGGUGGUGCCCGGCAAGCUGGAGAUGAAGAGCAGCUUCCCGCAGGCCGCCAGCCUCCGCCACGAGUACCGCCACCGCCUGGCCUCCGGCACCGUCUGCAUCUUCGGCUGA